AUGACUCCUCGUUCCCGUUCCCGGGUAAGGAUUGUUUCGCCUAACACCAGUACCAUCUCACAUUCUCGUUCCAUAAGUAUUGUCCCUUCUUCUAAUGUCUCAACUUAUACUUCGAAUGAACAUGAACGCAAUCUUGGGCACCAAGUACCUAAUCCAUUCUCAGGAUCAAAUCGGUUUCAUAAUGUCAAGCAGGCAUUGAGCUCUGUGGAUGCCAACAUCCCUUUUCAAACACCAAAGCCAAAUCAUGAGGCAAUAUCAGAACCUCUUUGCGAUUACAAUUUAGCGAACAAGGCCCAUUACCUUAAUGGUAUCCAGUGCGGUUGUAGCGAUCAUUUUCCGAUAAGAUCCACGGCGUCUCAACACGCGAAAGGUAUAAUGGAGCAGACUGCUGGACGUAACAUUCUGAAAAAUUGUACUAAUAGUUCUCAGCGCCGUCGACUUGAGAACGCAGGUGAUAUUAAGCAAUUCUACAUGACACAUGAGAAUUCGCUUAAUUCUCAAUGGCAGCCACAAUCGAUGAGCAUUGGUGUCAGCAACAGCCAUACUGAAACUGAACGAGUUUCGCAGCUUCCGACGGCUAUUCCUAUUCAGUAUGAAGGAUAUGGCGCUAGUCUGAGACGUGAGAAGGUGUCUUCUUCGAUACCUAUGGCUUCACAGAAGCGUCACUGCGCUUACUCUGCUACUGAAAACCUUGGCGGUACUGCGAACAACAGCAUUGACCAUGUAAAAGGUGAAUAUAAGUGGGAAAGGAAAUAUGAAGAACCGUUUUUACUGCGACUCAAUCGUCCUGCGGUUGAUAUGUGUUACUCAAAAAAUCAAUAUGCUUAUGAAAACGUGAGGGAUGCGGGUGAUGCUCUUCACGCACCUCCUUCAAUUCGAAACCAAGACUCAGAUGCCACCACCUCUGUGUCCGUUGCACCUGCUAUGUUUCGCGGCUUGAGCUCCAUUCACGUCACUGACGAGCUUUUUGAUACGCAAUGUUCUAUUUCCAUAACUAAACCUGCCUCACGUGGGUUUCUUGAUUCUAGAAGCGGCACACGUUCUGCACUGUACAGAGGUGGGGAUCGUAUGAAAACCGUUUUACACGAGGGGAAUAACCCCAAAGCAACUGUACUUAUGCAAUCUUCAAAUACACGAUACUGCUUACAGCCUCUUUGGUGCCUAAUAGGCACCUUUAAGACACCCAUAACAGCUGUAGUGAACAUUGACUAUGGGCAAGGCUGCUUGCGCUGGAAGCAGCGCAACCCGAAGGACGGUUUUCAGAUGAUCCGUAUUUCUUUCGACGACAUUCAGGAUUCAGUUGUGGCUCACAUUAUGCAAGAAGAUGAAGAUAUACGGGAAAAACAAUUUACCGCAGUUAUCAGAACUUCCACACGACCCUCGCAGGUGGUUUUUGGGUUUAAGACUUUAAGUGAGGCUAGACAAAUGUGUUCUUUACUAAAAAAGUCAUAG